CCGUUAAGCCCUUCCUAUGAAGCCCAGAGGUCCAACGUGGCAUCCAGUCGGAUUCUCCACGUGUCAGAUAUUUGACAGAUGAUUACAAAGUCCUCUCCGGCCCUUUCAUUUUCCGUCAAUGUUUCAGAGUUCAGGCAAGGAACUAGGGUUUCAAGCCAUGGCUUUGGGGUGUUGUUUUCCUCCUCUGUUAUCUAGGCGCCCAAUAUGUCUCAGGGCCUCUUCAGAUGAUCGAGUACCUGAUUUUCUCUCCGCUCAAUGGGUCAAGUCUCGUACAAAAAGACCAAUUGGCCCCAGCCUCAAUCUAAGUGCAGAAGGAGCAGUGAAAUGCCAGCUUGAUGCAUUGAAACACAAUGACCAUCCUCAGAUAGAUCAUGGGAUUGAGGUUAUGUACCGGUUUGCUGGUUUUGAUCCUUUUGAGAGGUCUACCUACUUCGGGCCGUUUUUUGAUUUGGGACAGUUCGAGCGAUUCAGGCGGAUAUUCCACCACUCGACUUACCGGGUCUUGCUCGGUCACAAGGCAAGGAAAAUUUUGAGCAGUUUGUGGGUUAAAGAGAGCCGCUUCAAGCAGCGGGUUUGGGUGCAAGGUGCCCGGCCUGAAGAGGAGGAAAUAUUCGAGUUCUCCAUGGUCCAGAGGGUGGGUGGCCGUUGGGAUGGUUACUGGUUGACCGAGAGCCUUCACCACGAUGGAGACGGGUUUUCAGGUGGUGUGGCAUAUUGAAUCAAAGGUGGAGCUCAUCAACUGUAAAUUGUGCGGCAAAUAGAAGGCGUCACCCGUUGUACUUAGGUGGUCUGAUGUAAAAGGCAAAGAAAUUGAAGACAAAACGGGGGAGUUCUCAUAUAUUCAUGCUUUCAAAUCAAAAGCAAGUGUAUAUGUACGUGUGGAUUUUUUUAUGCUUAACCAACCUCCAACGAGUUCAAGUUAGAAUCACUUGUGAACCAUUUUUUUAUAUUCUUGUUGCCCUCGUAUUAUUAAAAAACAAAAUCAUCAAUAAAAGCUUCGAUUCAUCCCUCU